GCCUUCUGGGUAGUCUGAGAUUGGGAGAGUUUCUCGCAGUACAACACUCCACUCAUUCCGCGCCGCGCACCCCGUUUGGCGUCCUCAGCAACUCCGCAAACGAAGCUACCAAGAGCUUUAUGAUGAACAACGACGGAAAGUUAAACAAUUCCGACCUUUCUCACAAUUUCGCUGGAUAUAAAUAGUAUUUUUGGAAUAGAUCGGGAAUGACGAGAGUGGAAGUAAGAGCGUUGAAACGGCGUGCUCAAAUAGAACCCAACAUGGCGCUGCCUACGACCGAGCUGAAUUAAUUUCUGGAGUCCGCGGACCUCGCCACCUGUAUGCUUGCGCUCUGCUAAACGGUACGUUACCACGCCUCUGGGUCGUUCUGUAAAGAAUGAUUGAAAAUCUUUCUAGGGAUUUGUCACACGAAGUCGAUUUUUGCCGACAUUUUCUCUCUUUAAAAAAGUAUUUUGAAAAUAACACAUCGAGUAACAUUUGGUAAAAUUGACUGACAAGGAAAUACACAGUAAGAAACACUUCUGAAUGUUUAUAUCCAACGACUUGAAUAUUCACGGGCCCGGGAAGGGAUGGAUGUCUAUGUUUUUAUAAAGGAAUCCUAACCUGAAUGCACGGAUCUUUGCUCAGAGCCGUGAACAACUUGGGGGGGAAAAAACUGGAAAAAGGCGUCAAGUUGACAGCAGACGAUUGGAAUUAGCGGCUAACUGCCAGGAGAUGACCUGUUAGUGAUGCGGGGACCCAGAGAAAUCUGGAUUUAAGUGAAGGGAACCACAUCACACAAAGCAUGGUGGAUGCCAGGUUAACCCCCCUGGCCGCCAUGGGUCUGGACCGCAAUGCUCUUAUGCGGGAUGGCCUCCGCCUGCACGGCGGCGUGAUCUACCCAGGGAUCCAAGCGCUGUCGGCUGAGAAGCCCCGCGAAGUGACCAAUACCCUUCCCCUGAGCUACGGCCGGGACGGCCUCCCGGACCUCCUCUAUAAGCCUGAUGUCUCCAUGGACAGGAGCAAGCUUAGUAACGGCUACAUGGGCCUGUACAAGAGCCCUCCACCAGGCCUCCAAAGGGGGCCAGAGGGCCUAGACAGGAUAGGCGUGGGGCCUGGGGGGCAGAAGCCCUCAGAGCUGGGCCUGGGGGGUGCUGGUACAGGAGCAGGCGGGUACCUACGUCUGCCCUGGGGGCUGAGCCCGGGGCUGUACCCUGAAGCGGGCCUCUACCCCUUCAUGGACACGUCAAAGUACGCCGCCCUCAGCAUGUACAAGGCUCAGUUCCUCAGUCAGCCCAGCCCCUACCUGCCCCAGCACCUGGCCUACCAGUCCCUCUGUGCCUCCCAGGGGGGGAACAUGAACCCUGCUGCUGCCUCGGCCACCGAGAGGCUCUACUUCAUGCCCCCCUACCCCCCGUCCCCCAUCUCCUCCCCCCUGGUGGGGUCUCCCAUGAGGAUCCCAGUGGUGUCUGUGGCCUCCACGUCCAUGGUACAUUGUCAGGAGAAGGGGCUGAGUGUCGGGUCUCGCAUCCACCACGAGGGCUCUCCGUUUGUGCAGCAGCUUCACCAGCCUCCCCCUCCACCCCAGCACCUUCAGCCCCCCCACACAGACCGAGACAGACCCCCCAGCAGGAGCAGUAAGCCCACUAGACCCACCUCAAACAAAGGAGCCAGCAACAGCAGUGGUAGUAUUAGUGGUGGUGGUGUUAAUAAUAGCCUUCCCAUUGAUUCCUCCCCUCGUGCCUCUACUCGCCUCCCCCAGCCUGCUCCUCCCCUGCCUCCCACUCUCAGCGACAGCACCUUAGACCUACAGGGGCCAGUCCCUCGAAUAGGGCCACCAUCUUCCUCCUCUUCCCAGUCGAUGCCUCACCCAUUCUAUGUGAGCAGCAUUGCUCAAGAGCACCCCUCCCCCGCCCGGCCCAGCCCCCACAAACACACACCCAGGGAUGGGGCGUCAGAGCACAGGGCUGGGGGGUGUGAAAGGAAACCCAAUCAGUCCCCUUCUAAACCGUCCUCUGAGCGGAAAACCCCACCAAACAAGACUACCAAAGACCCAGCAGACCCAAAGCCUCUGGAUCUCUCUGGAAGGCUGCUGGAGUUUGACCUGCCUCCCAACAGCUUCCCCAUCAAGAUGGAAGCUCUGGGGUCUUUGGGGCCUCGGUACGGACAUCCCCCAAGCCGGGAGCUCCCGAAGAAGACCCUCUCACCCUCCUCCCACCCCUCCCACUCAGUGGUCAGCAGCACUUUCUCCAAGGCCCCAGACAGGCCAGAGAUGAUCAGCACUUUGCACUCCUCCUGGGUGGUGCCCACCUCUACACCCAUCUCCACCAUUGGGUCCACCCAAACACACCCCCACCCCCCAGCCCUAUCCCCCAGGCCCAGCCCAGCCCCCCAAGGGAAACGCUCAUCUCCUUCAGUCAUCAAACACAAGGUUAUAGAGAGAGUCCUGCCCCAGUCCCAGCAAAACAGCCCAUCCUGCCUCAGGGUUGGAGAGCCACAUACUACCCCAAUACCUUCCAAUCACAAGCCUGCCUCCACGAUGCCCCCAUCCUCCAAACCCAAUGGUGAUUGGCCCAAUCACAGCCCCAGCCAAUCAGAAGGUUCCCCCAUGGUCGGCCAUCAUAGGAGCUCCACAGAGAAGCCUCUUAAAGCCCCCAAGAGGGCUGAGACGUCCCAGGAGGUGUCUCCCUAUACUAAACGUCCCUGUCUGGAGAAUACCAACGGGCACCCGCCCAGCCACCUUUACCUAGCUCACAGCAUGGCCUACGCCAACCGAUACCUGCACUACUCUGUACCCGACAGCAUGGCCCUCCAUUCUCUCCCUCUGCCAGGGAAGGGCCCAGCCUAUCCUCACCCCGUCCUGCUGGGCAGUAGCAGCCUGUAUCCCUCCCACCUGGCAGCCAAACAGCCCUUACCCUAUCACAGCCAUGCUGGGGAGUACCUCACCUUCAACUCCCAGGAGAUGACCCACCCUCUGAUGCAUGCACAUCCAGACUCCAAAGCCCUGGAGCAGGCAGAUCAGGGGCCCAAGUGCCGGGGCCAUGGUCAGGACAAACCUAGGGGUCUCACAGAGGAUUGUGGUGGGUCCCGCAGGGGUCGAAGUGGUGUGGAAACAGGAGAGGGGUUCCACGUGAAGCCCAAAAGAGAGGACGGGGAGCAGGGAGGGAGCCAGCCCAGACCCACUUCCUCCUCCAGCCUCAGUACCCCCUCCAAAGACCGUAUCGUCUGCAUUGACCUCGUCCACUCCGACACAGAUGGAGAAUCCACUCUGACCACCAACAAGCCGCAAGUCUCUGUCACCAUUCCCAUCGCCAGGGGCAACCAACACAAGUGUUGCCAUGGCAAUGAAAACAUUAGGGAAGUGGAACGGGAGCCAAAACACCAACUGCAUUACCACCACCCCCACCAUAUUCAUCACUACCCCAGCCCAAGCUCCACCAUGACAACUAUCCACACAGACAGACAACCAGAGACCCUCUGUGUGAGACCCAAGCCCCUCCAGGAGACGUGCUGUCCAAGUGUGGCCUCUAGCCCACCUCAGGGCUCCCCAAAGCUGGUUAAUUGGGCAGAGGAGAGUCCUGUGGACCAGAGCCCUUCCUCAGACCCAGGGGAACAGGACCAGAGCCCUUCCUCAGACCCAGGGGAACAGGACCAGAGCACCCUGCGCUGUGCCCGAACGUCUGGUGACCGCAAGUCUGGCGACCGCACGCCUGGUGAACGCACGUCUGGAGUCCGCACAACUGGGGAUUGUGACCGCAAGUCUGGCGACCACUUGUCUAGAGAUGGCACGUUUUCUUGCGACUUCACGUCUGGAGAGGAGAGAGAAGAGAUGGACAGACAAACCUCCUCCCACCCCAUCCAUCGCUACAUGGACCUGGGGAAGGAGAGGGACAGUGAAAGAGAGAGCGUUGGAGACACAGAGGAGUCACAUGGAGAAGGGGAUGAGGACGAAGAGGGUGGGCGAAGAGGCUCACGGAGGACCAGCCUGACCAAGAGGAUCGCUAGCUCCUCGGGCUAUGUGGGCGACCGCAUCAAAUGUGUCACGACCGAGCUGUACGCAGACUCUAGCAAGCUGAGCCGGGAACAGCGCGCCCUGCAGAUGGAAGUCAUAUCACGAGAGGGGGAUAAUAUAAGUCGACCUGCAGCUAUCUGGGAGCGGGCGAUGAUGCGGUUCUCGGAGCUGGAGCUGAAAGAGAAGGAGUGCGGGGGUGUGUGUGUGUCUGUGUCGGCAGCGGUAGCAGAACGGGAGUUGGCAGACGGCCAGCGGAGAGAGAGAGAGUGGGAACACUGCCAACACACCGCCAGGCAGGGAGAGAGGGAGGGUGGAAGAAAAGUCUAUGGGAACAACAGAGUCCCAGUCCUCCAGAGGUGUGGUGGCCAAAGGGAGAGCCUGUCCCCAGGGCAGGAAGCCUGGGAGGGGGCUAGAGAUGGUGACAGAGUGGGAGAGGGUGGACGACGUUCACCUCCCAUCCUGGCACUCUUCAGAUGUCUGUGUGCUGCCUACGGCUCCUACUAGUAAUGAUGAUGAUGAUGAUGAAGAGGUCAGGAAGCUUAAGGUGUGUAUUGAGCUGAAGGGGCUCUGCCUCCGCAAGCCCACCGCCUCCUCCCCCGAGAGACUAGAGGUCAAAGAGGAGAGGGCAUGGUCAUCACAUCACAGCCCUUCCUCACUGCCCCGGACACUCCCCCUAACCCGUGCCCAAGCCCCGCCCCCGCGGGACAGGAAGUUCAAGGUUGACCCGGAAGUGAAACCUCUGCCACAGAAACCAGAGAUCACGAAGAGCUGGGCCAGAGAGAUGCUGGCUAACGGAGACGCUAAACGCGUUGGAUUACUCCCUUUGACCCAGCAGAGGGACAGAUCAGCCCCCCAGGGGCCCUUGAUGGGACCAGGCUGUGACCGGGGAUCCAAGGAGCCCAGGAGAGGGGUGGGGGUGAAGACUGUGGGUCAGUUCCCCCUCCCCGAGCCCCCCACCGGAGACACCACCUCGCUCAAGCCACGUCGUCAUGGUGACAUGGACAAACCCAAAGGCAAGCGGCCGUGCAAGACCAAACACACCAGCCAGAGGGAGAGAGAGAGGGAGCUGCUGAAUGGAAAUAGCAACCAGCACGGCAGCACUGAUCUGGGAGCAGCUCUGGUGGACAAGGUCAGUGAGCAGUGUGCUCGGAGGAAAAGACCCUCUUCUCCCCUCCAUUACAUCUGCUCUCCGGUCAAGCCCUGUUCCCCCGCAACGCGGCCCCUCCCCCUACCCCCCCAGGUGAAUGGCAGUGGGACUGUCCCACCGGAGAAAGCAGGGGUAAGGAGGGCACCCCCUGCUGAGCCUCCUGUGGUGCGGCCCAUCCCCCCUGAGGCACGGAGACUAAUCGUCAACAAGAAUGCUGGAGAGACGUUGUUACAGAGAGCGGCACGGCUCGGAUACGAGGAGGUGGUUCUGUACUGCCUGGAGAACUGUGUGUGUGAGGUGAACCACAGGGACUAUGCAGGCUACUGUGCCCUCCACGAGGCCUGCGCCCGCGGCUGGCUUUCUAUAGUCAUACACCUGCUGGAGCACGGGGCUGACAUCAACUGCAGCGCACAGGACGGCACUAGGCCUCUGCAUGACGCGGUGGAAAAUGACCAUCUGGACGUAGUGCGGGUGUUGCUGUCCUACGGGGCUGACCCUACCCUGGCCACCUACUCCGGCCGCGGUCUGCUCAAGAUGACCCACAGCAACAGCAUGGAGCGAUUCCUCACUGAUUAUUUUGCUGACCUGCAGGGCCACUCUGAUGACGACCCAGAGAUCCACUGGGAAUUCUACGGCAGUGCUGUUUGUGAGUCCUUAGAGGAGGGCAGUGUGUGUAACAUGCUGGCGGAUCCCCCAGGGCCAGAGGAAGAUGACGAGGACAGGAGGGAGCUCUUUGAGUUUGAGUUCUCCAACCAACCCCUCCUCCCCUGCUACAACAUCCAGGUGUCCUUGUCGCAGGGGUCCAGGAACUGGCUUCUCCUCUCAGAUGUUCUCCGGAAGCUGCGGAUGUCGGCCCGUUCCUUCCGCUCCUCCUUCCCCCACAUGAAGGUGGUGACGAUGGCCGAGGCAGAGUUUUACCGCCAGGCCUCCCUCUCCCAGCUCUUCUCCUGCCCAGACGAGCUGGAGGGCUUCCAGCCAGACAGCAAGGAGCUGCUGGACCUGGUGGAGGGGAGUGCUGAGCUGGCUGCUCUGCUGGGAUCCACCCUGGAGUGCCUGGAUGACCGCUGGGACGAACCCCUGGAGGCUAACGUUAAUGCUAAGGCUAAUGUCAAUGGGAACAUUAGGGCUAAUGCUAACGCUAAGACUAACGCUAAGACUAAAGUUAACGCUAAUUUUAAAGCUAAGGCUAACGCUAACAGGAGGUUGUUAUCCCUGACCCUGAACUUUGACUCUGAUUUCUGAAUCCCUACUCUACAGUGGGGGUCUACGAUAGGUGAAUGAGUAAGACCCCUGCCCUGAGAUCUGAGAUUAACUCCUGCGCUGGACCAGUGGACUGUAUGGACGAACGGACAGACAGAGCAGCAGAGACCUGAAUGUGUAUGUACAUCAAGCGAAGAUGAAGAGGCGACUGUAAAUUAACAAUUGUCUUAUUUUUUAUAAAUGUAUUAAUAUAAGUAUAAAUAUAUAAAUCUGGAAAUGUUAUCUUGAUUUCUCUCCUGCAAUUGUGUGAGCGAGAGUGUGGUUGUGUUAUCAUGAUUGGAAGGUUGUGUGUGUGUGUGUUAAACAGUAUAAUAUAUGUGUGUGUGUGUCAGUUUAUAUGCCAUAGUGUGUGUCUGAGCACUGAGGCAGCGCUUUGAAUGUCAAAUUUUUUGUUCAUAGGAAGCACAUGAUGAGGAUCAGUUGUAUAGUUUUUUGUUCUCCUCAGACAGAGUUAGCACUCAUCACCCUCAGGGGCUGUUUUGUACCUGUGUUCAAUCUGCUUCUCAUUUAGUCUCUAAUUUCACUUGCAAAACUGAAGAGAUGUGUUUUUGUAUACUAUUAAAGGUUUAAAGAUGAGAAGAUAUUCGCCCUUCGGUACAGAACUUGUAAAUAACAGGGUGGCUAUUGCAGUACAGUAACAGUUAUACUAUUUGUGUUUUUUUUGUAAUUAAAAUAUCUCAUUUGUAUUUAUAUUUUGCCAGCAAAAUUAUCAAAAAUAAAUCUUAACAUUUGCAAGAAAGUUUA